AUGACAGACAAGCAUGUUUACAGCGGAUCGCUGUUCUCGAGAGAUAUUGGGCAGAAAUUUUCUCAGAGCUUUGGAGGGAGCUUUGCUUCGCGACUGAGUGAUGGCGGCGCAGAGGCUCGGAGGAUCAAGAGACGGCUGCAGAAAGCCAAAGAUGCCACUGCAGACCCUUUUAAACCAGAGAGGCUGCUCACCCCUGCGCCAGUUUCGGGCCGUCAACACAGGCAGCUUCAGACGGAGGAACACCUGAUUGAGUUGACGGAGCAUGCAAGGGAGUUUAUGGCAGAAACGCAAACUGAGCCAUGGAUGGACAAACCCCCCACGCCAAUGUUCAGGCCGCACCGAGAGGAAGCUCAUGUGGCAACACAAAUUCUGGAUGGCGAUUUGUUCGACUUCGACGAAGAAGUGGUGCCGAUCCUUGAGGUCAUCGUUGGCAAAGUGUUGGAACAGAGCAUCACUGAGGUUCUUGAAGAGGAGGAAUUGGCCGCAAUCCAAAGGCAACAAGAUGAGUUUGACAGAGCUCGCAUUCUGGAACUCAUCGAGUUGCAGCGUCUCGAAGCUGCUGAGAAACGACGGAAAGAGGAGACGGAGCGACGACUGGCGCAGGCGCAAGCCUGGCAAGAAGUCAAACGAACAGCAUACCAGAAGAUGCUAGCAAUGGACUUCGCUGCAGUUCAAAGGCGAGGACGUUCGCAGAUGGCCCUUCGCGAGCUGGCAGAGUCGUCGAAUUUGUUUAUUCACCCGAACGUUGGUGCCGUCAGUGUUCACUUCUGGCCGUCCCUGAUGCGGCAAACUACCGAACAGGUCGCGUUCCUCAGGGACGGAGUCAGCAAUGUGGUUUCAGAGUGUUUGCGGUCACGCCUGCUCUCAAACUACGAAGAGCGAGAGAAAGUGGUCGAGGACAUGAUCGUGGCUAAGCACAAUAAGCAACUGCGGCUUCGACUGGAGCAAAUUCGCGUCAAGGCUGAGAUUAGAGCUAGAAUUAAGCGAGAAGGCAACGAGAGAGAGGAGAUGGAAGCAGCCGACACCCUUGAGGAGGAACGAAAAUGGGAGGCAGCGGAGGCUGCCAGGUUUGCACAGGAGGCGGAAGAGGAGGCACGUCGGGCAGAAGAGGAAGCACUGGCAGCGGCUUCAUUCGCCAAGUGGCAUGUCACGUGCAUGCAGCUGGAAGCGGAGAGGAACGCGAACCGAGCUGCAGGCGACAACGACAAGUACCAAAACGAUGAUGAGGAGGAAUAG